GCCUGAUGCCGCUGGGCCUCUUAGUAGGCCGCGCUCUCCCCUUCCCGGCCCUGCGGUUCUCCGCGCGGCGAUGGCUCAGCCGAGGCGGAGCCCCGAAGCCUCCCGGCGCGGGGGAGGCGGCGAGCGCGGCGGGCCUGUUGCGGGACGCGGCGGCGGCGGCGGAGGACGAGACGCCGUGGUCGGGGCCUGGUGGGAAGGCGCGCCGGGCUCCCGAGGAGGCUUCGGUGCUGCUCUUCCCCGGCCAAGGCAGCCAGUUCGUGGGGAUGGGCCGCGGCCUCCUGCGCUACCCGAACGUGCGGGAGCUGUACCGCGUGGCCGAGGGCGUCCUGGGCUACGACCUGCUCGGCCUCUGCUGCGAAGGGCCCGGCGCCCAACUGGAGCGCACCGUGCACAGCCAGCCCGCCGUCUUCGUCAGCUCCCUGGCCGCCGUGGAGAAGCUGCACCAGGAGCAGCCCAGGGUAGUGGAGAGCUGUGUGGCAGCUGCUGGAUUCAGCAUUGGAGAAUAUGCAGCCCUUGUUUUUGCAGGAGCCAUAGACUAUGCAGAAGCCUUAUAUGCAGUGAAGGUGCGUGCUGAAGCCAUGCAGGAGGCAUCAGAAGCUGUCCCAAGUGGAAUGUUAUCUGUUAUUGGCCGACAUAAUUCAAAUUAUGUCACUGCUUGCUUGGAAGCUCGUGAAUAUUGCAAGUCAUUGGGCAUUGAAAAUCCUGUAUGUGAAGUUUCAAACUACUUGUUUCCAGGCAGCAGAGUCAUUGCAGGACAUUUGCAGGCGUUGGAGUUUUUGCAGCAAAAUUCGAAAAAAUACUCAUUUGUGAGAGUGAAAAUGCUGCCAGUCAGUGGUGCUUUUCAUACGCAACUUAUGGAACCAGCAGUGGGACCUUUGUCUGAAGCCCUCAACUCAGUUAAUAUUCAGAAGCCUCUCAUCCCUGUCUAUUCAAAUGUGGAAAACCGGAGAUACAGUGAACCGAAACAGAUCCGGCGCUUGUUAGUGAAGCAGUUGGUUUCCCCAGUGAAAUGGGAGCAGACUAUGCAUGCCAUCUACGAAAGGAAAAAAGGAGUUGGAUUUCCUUAUACUUAUGAAGUGGGGCCUGGGAAACAGCUAGGAACAAUCCUAAAAGGCUGCAAUUUGAAGGCCUGGAAGUUCUAUAAACAUAUUGAUGUUUCAGAAGAUGAAGAAGCAUAGAGAUGUCUGUAGGAAAAGUUUUCAUUUUAAAUGGAUUUCUUAUUAGGUAAAAAUGAAAUCAUGCAAGCCCUGGAGGAAGACGCAACAUAGUCUUUUGGAGAGGGAGCUGUAUAACGUUGUGCCAUUGCAACUAGCACAGAAGAAUUGCCUGUUACCUCAGAGGCCACUGCCUCACUUCUUCAGACAAACAGAUUUGACCAUGACUCAUCAAUUACUUUGCUACAAACUUUUGAACGAAUUGUUUUAUAUAAGCCUGAUCAAUAGUGCCUGCAUUGGCCAAAGAAUCGUGGUGACUUAUGCUCAGUGUCUUGCUUUAACUUUUAAGAAUCAGUGAAAUAAUAAAGUUAAAAUAUUUUUCUUUG